UUAUAAUAUUCAUGCAUGUCUUUCCUUUCUUCUUUCUUCCUCUCUUAAUGGUUACUCAAACAGAUCAAUACAUCAACACAAGAACAAAUUACCAGUGCUCAUCUUUUAACAUCAACAAAUUAACCAGUUAUUAUUACAUGCAUGCAACCAUAUGAUACAUAAAUAACAAAAAAAUGAGCAUGCAAAAAGAGAGUCCUCUCAUUAGACUCCACAGUUUCGACCAAGGCCAUGCAUGGCUCGCUCUCUUGCACCUCCUCAUUCACAUGUCACCGCCAGUAACCGGUCAACCGGUAAAUCCGGCAAUAGAACCCGACAGCAACAAAUCCGUGAUCGUCAUCAUGGUCAUCAUCGCCAUAAUGUUCCUCAUCUCAGCCUUAAUCUCUCUCUACUCUCGCAAAUGCUCCGACCGACAAGCGCUGGCACGUGCCACACUCGACCUCGCCGCAUCCACUGGCGCAACCGGUAACCCGUCGUCGCAAAGCGAACCCAGUGGUCUCAGCCAGGCCACCAUAGAAACCUUCCCCACAUUCCUCUACUCCGACGUGAAGAGUUUCAAAAUCGGAAAAGACACUUUAGCAUGCGCUGUGUGCUUGAGCGAGUUCCAAGACCACGAUACCCUUCGCAUGAUCCCCAAAUGUUGCCACGUGUACCACCCCAAUUGCAUCGACGUGUGGUUAGCUUCUCACACCACUUGUCCAGUGUGUCGCGCCAACCUCGUUCCAGAACCUGAAGACUUAGACACGAACACGAACAUGAUACCCAUGUUGUCCAUUCAGGUACCCGAUGAACAUGAAGAUGAAGACGAAAGUGGUGAACAUGAACACGAGAGUGUUAUCAGUGAGGAAGGGAAAAGAGGGCAUGCUGAAGUGGAGUCACCGAAGGUGGAUUUGCUUCGGAGGAUUCACUCGUUGCAUCAGAGUCGUCCAUCACGGUCGAGAUCCACUGGGUUCUUAUCCUCUCUCUUGUUUCCGCGAUCGAACUCAAUGGGGCAAUUGGCGCAGCCAGGGGAGAACUAUGAGAGGUUUACGCUAAGGUUACCGGAGGAGGUACAAAGCCAGAUGAUGAACUCGAGACUUAAGCGUGCGAAUAGUUGUGCAUGCUUUACAAGAAUGAACAGUGGCACGUGGGGGUAUAGAACGAGAAGCGUGGGAAGUGGACGUGGAAGAGGUUGUGUGCAGUACGAGAGGUUCAAUGGUGAGGAACAAUGGGGUUUCACUUUGACCUCACCGAACCUCGUUAAAAACGGUUCGAAUAGAUCCUCCAGAAAAUCACUGGUAGAUAAUAAUCCUAAUGAAUGAUCCUCUUAAUUCUUGCGUCUUGGUAUCUGUUUACAUACAAAUACGAGGUUUUUACCAGUUUUGAGAUCAUACCAAUCCUAUCCUACAUGAUCAGGACUAUCUACGAUACCUGUGAUUUUGUACUAAAAUAGAUUUCAACGUUGGAGAAGAUGAUGAAUGUUCUUCUGUGUUUGAUGAAUGGAUAAGACGUCAAGGCAAUAACUAUAUAUCUGUUUGAUCA